CCGGGAGAUGCUGCACAUCGCAGUCUGAAUCUGUUUCAGGUUAUUACAAGUUUCUAGCUACCUGAUAGCUGCCCCAAAGACAGUAUUACAAGACCAUGAAGGCAAUCUCAAGGCGAUCUCUGUUCUUGUCUCAUGUCAAAUAAUUUCCAUGCUGAUGGCGACAGUGAGCAAAGCAAGAUUUAUUGCAGUGAGGAGGCACCUGCAGCAGCAGUCAGGAAGAGCAUUUUCAGUGUAUUUGUUCAAAUUGUGAAGCUCUCCUAAUAAAUCUUCAAUCAAAACACCAUCAAGAAAUUGGAUAGAAUCAGACAAGAAAAAUUUCCCUGCUAGGAAGAAAGGAUAGCAGAUGUCUUGGUCUUGCCUUUGUUACUGCUGACCACAGAGGAUGCAGCUUCCAAAAGAAGAAAAGCUGGCCUUCACAUUGUGCACCAACCCUUCCAUCGCUCAUGGCUCAGUCCUCCCUGACGGUGUACAGAAGAACCAUCCAGAAGCUAUGCAUGGCAUCCAACGAUCUAAUAAUAAGCCAGGCAUUGAAGGGAUGUGCAAAAGUAUUUUUUCCUAUCUUUGCAUUUCUAUCAGCAGCACUCUCCUUGAUACUAGAAGUGUUGUGAGAGCUUGUCUCGUCCUCCACACAAACCAGCCAGCGUGGAAACAGCAGCAGACCCCACCUUGAGGCCGCUCCCUGCGCAGAGGUACAUGACCGGCCUCAAAAGGAUGACUGGUCCAGACUGCACGGGACAGCUCACCUGCCCCCCAGCUCCCGGGUGGGCUUGGCCAACAGGAAGAGCUAUAGGCUUUGACCCAGAAUUCCACUGUGGAAACACAGUUCAAAGUUAAAUUCCUGGUUGCAGGGAAGAAGGGAAGGCGAGCCACACCGCUGGAGAAACCAGCAAAUCCUUUCCAUCGGCCACUGAAGACGAAAAGGAAGGAUGAUCGGAAAGUGCCCAUCACAAGGCCCGCAUAGGAGGAUGUCGUCGGAGGAGGACCGGAGCGUGGAGCAGCCGCAGCCGCCGCCACCACCCCCCGAGGAGCCCGGAGCCCCGGCCCCGAGCCCCGCAGCCGCAGACAAAAGACCUCGGGGCCGGCCUCGCAAAGAUGGCGCUUCCCCUUUCCAGAGAGCCAGAAAGAAGCCUCGAAGUAGAGGAAAAACUGCAGUGGAAGAUGAGGACAGCAUGGAUGGACUGGAGACAACAGAAACAGAAAAUAUUGUGGAAACAGCAGAAAUCAAAGAACAGUCUGCAGAAGAGGAUGCUGAAGCAGAAGUGGAUAACAGCAAGCAGCCAGUCACAGCUCUUCAACGACCUAUGUCCGAGGAAUCUGCAAACUCCCUGGUCUCUGUUGGUGUAGAAGCCAAAAUCAGUGAACAACUCUGCGCUUUUUGUUACUGUGGGGAAAAAAGUUCCUUAGGACAAGGAGACUUAAAACAGUUCCGAGUAACACCUGGAUUUAUCUUGCCUUGGAAAAACCAGCCUUCCAACAAGAAAGACAUUGAUGACAACAGCAAUGGAGCCUGUGAGAAAAUACCAAAUUCAGCACCACGAAAACAAAGAGGACAGCGAAAAGAACGAUCUCCUCCGCAGAAUGCAGUGUCUUGUGUAAGUGUGAGCACCCAGACAGCUUCAGAUGACCAGGCUGGCAGAUUAUGGGAUGAACUCAGUCUGGUUGGCCUUCCAGAUGCCAUUGAUAUCCAAGCCUUAUUUGAUCCUACAGGCACUUGCUGGGCUCAUCACCGUUGUGUGGAGUGGUCACUGGGAGUAUGCCAGAUGGAGGAAGCAUUAUUAGUGAAUGUGGACAAAGCUGUUGUCUCAGGGAGCACAGAACGAUGUGCAUUUUGCAAGCAUCUUGGAGCCACUAUCAAAUGCUGUGAAGAGAAGUGUACCCAGAUAUACCAUUAUCCAUGUGCUGCAGGAGCUGGCACCUUUCAGGAUUUCAGUCAUUUCUUCCUUCUUUGUCCAGAACAUAUUGACCAAGCUCCUGAAAGAUCAAAGGAAGAUGCAAACUGUGCAGUAUGCGACAGCCCUGGAGACCUCUUAGAUCAGUUCUUUUGUACUACUUGUGGCCAGCACUAUCAUGGAAUGUGCCUGGAUAUAGCGGUUACUCCAUUAAAACGUGCAGGUUGGCAAUGUCCUGAGUGCAAAGUGUGCCAGAACUGCAAACAAUCGGGAGAAGAUAGCAAGAUGCUAGUGUGUGAUACGUGUGACAAAGGGUAUCAUACUUUUUGUCUUCAACCAGUUAUGAAAUCAGUACCAACCAAUGGCUGGAAAUGCAAAAAUUGCAGAAUUUGUGUAGAGUGUGGCACGCGAUCUAGUUCCCAGUGGCACCACAAUUGCCUGAUAUGUGACAGUUGUUACCAGCAGCAGGAUAACUUGUGUCCUUUCUGUGGGAAGUGGUACCAUCCGGAAUUGCAGAAAGAUAUGCUUCAUUGUAAUAUGUGCAAAAGAUGGGUUCACUUAGAAUGUGACAAACCUACAGAUAAUGAACUGGAUUCUCAGCUCAAAGAAGAGUAUAUCUGCAUGUAUUGUAAACACUUAGAAGCUGAGAUGGAUCCAUUACAUCCAGGUGAUGAAGUGGAGAUGGCUGAACUUAAUACAGAUUAUAGCAAUGAAAUAGAACUGGAAGGAACUGAAGAUCAAAUGGUAUUUGUGGAGCAAACAGUUAAUAAAGAUGUCAGUGGUCAUGAACCCACGCCUGGAAUUGUUCCAGAUGCAAUUCAAGUCCACACAGAAGAACAUCAGAAGAGUAAUCUACCUGAAAUCCUUGACAGUAAUGGUCUUCCUGUUUCUGAAUCACCCCAAAAUAAAGUGAACACUGAAUUGGAAAAUCAGAGUCCUCAUGAAGUUGAUAAGGAAAAAAUGGAAAUGCCAUCUAAAUUGAUUCAUAUUUGUGAUGAAGAUCAAAAUGAAAAAAUGGAAGUAACAGAGAAUGUUGAAGUCCUUACUCACCAGAUCAUGGUGCAGCAAGAUGAACUGCACGUGUUAGAGGAACCUAAAACUGAGGCGUCCAGAAAAGAACCAGAAUCACCAACAUCAGUUGUGGAAUCUGUCCCUGCACUACCUGAGACUUCAGCGUCUCUGAGUGAGGAAAGUACUUUGGUGUGUUCUAAGGAACAGUUGGUAACAGAAAGGGUACAAGAAGGAAUGGACCAGAAAGAAGGUGCUCAACUUUCCGCUACGUUUAUGGACUUUGAAAUGACUCCUUCAACUGAGAGUUGUGUGAAAGAUGUUUCAUGCCAAGGAGACAAAUCUACAUCAUCUGAAGCACAGUCAUCACUUUCAUCAUCAGCAGAUCUAAACAAGGCAAAUGUGUCAUCUUCUCCAGCACUUUGUUCAGACUUGCCUCCACAAGACAUUCUGCACAGUUACCCAUCAACUCUAAGUUCUUCUGUUGGAAACAUCAUGCCAACAACAUACAUCUCAGUCACUCCAAAAAUUGGCAUGGGUAAACCAGCUAUUUCCAAAAGAAAAUUUUCUCCUGGUAGACCUCGGUCUAAACAGGGGGCUUGGAGUACCCAUAAUACAGUGAGCCCACCUUCCUGGUCCCCAGACAUUUCAGAAGGUCGGGAAAUUUUUAAAACCAGGCAGCUUCCUGGCAGUGCCAUUUGGAGCAUCAAAGUGGGCCGUGGCUCUGGAUUUCCAGGCAAACGCAGACCUCGUGGAGCAGGACUGUCAGGAAGAGGUGGCAGAGGCAGGUCGAAACUAAAGAGUGGAAUUGGAGCUGUUGUGUUACCUGGAGUGUCAACUGCAGAUAUUUCAUCAAAUAAGGAUGAGGAAGAAAAUUCUAUGCACAAUACUGUUGUAUUGUUUUCAAGUAGCGACAAGUUCACUUUACAUCAGGAUAUGUGUGUAGUUUGUGGCAGUUUUGGCCAGGGAGCAGAAGGAAGAUUACUUGCCUGUUCUCAGUGUGGUCAGUGUUACCAUCCGUACUGUGUCAGUAUUAAGAUUUCUAAAGUAGUUCUUAGCAAAGGUUGGCGGUGUCUGGAGUGCACUGUGUGUGAGGCCUGCGGGAAGGCAACUGACCCAGGAAGACUCCUGCUUUGUGAUGAUUGUGACAUAAGUUAUCACACCUACUGCCUAGACCCUCCAUUGCAGACAGUGCCCAAAGGAGGCUGGAAGUGCAAAUGGUGUGUUUGGUGCAGACACUGUGGAGCAACAUCUGCAGGUCUGAGAUGUGAAUGGCAAAACAACUACACACAGUGUGCUCCUUGUGCAAGCCUCUCCUCCUGCCCGGUCUGCUGUCGAAACUAUAGAGAAGAAGAUCUUAUUCUGCAGUGUAGACAAUGCGAUAGAUGGAUGCAUGCUGUUUGUCAAAACUUAAAUACUGAGGAGGAAGUGGAAAAUGUAGCAGACAUUGGUUUUGACUGUAGCAUGUGCAGACCCUAUAUGCCCGCAUCAAAUGUGCCUUCCUCAGACUGCUGUGACUCUUCACUUGUAGCACAAAUUGUCACAAAAGUAAAAGAGCUAGAUCCACCUAAAACCUACACCCAGGAUGGUGUGUGUCUGACUGAAUCAGGGAUGACUCAGCUGCAGAGCCUCACAGUCACAGUUCCAAGAAGAAAACGGUCAAAACCAAAAUUAAAAUUGAAGAUUAUAAAUCAGAAUAGCGUGGCUGUCCUUCAGACCCCUCCAGACAUCCAGUCAGAGCAUUCAAGGGAUGGGGAAAUGGAUGAUAGUCGAGAAGGGGAUCUUAUGGACUGUGAUGGGAAAUCAGAAUCUAGUCCUGAACGGGAACCUGUGGAUGAUGAAACUAAAGGAGUAGAAGGACCAGAUGGCAUCAAAAAGAGGAAAAGAAAACCAUACAGACCGGGUAUUGGCGGAUUUAUGGUACGGCAAAGAAGUCGAACUGGGCAAGGAAAAACCAAAAGAUCUGUGAUCAGAAAAGAUUCUUCAGGCUCUGUUUGUGAGCAGCUGCCUAGUAGAGAUGAUGGCUGGAGUGAACAGUUACCAGAUACUCUAGUUGAUGAAUCUGUUUCUGUUACUGAAAGCACUGAAAAAAUAAAGAAGAGAUACCGAAAAAGGAAAAAUAAACUUGAAGAAACUUUCCCUGUCUAUUUACAAGAAGCUUUCUUUGGAAAAGAUCUUCUAGAUACAAGUAGACAAAACAAGUUGAGUUUAGAUAGUCUAUCAGAAGAUGCAGCUCAGCUUUCCUAUAAAACACACAUGAAUACAAAUUUUUUGGAUCCUUCAUUAGAUCCACUACUUAGCUCAUCCUCAGCUCCUGCAAAACUUGGAACUCAAGGUACUGCUGAUGACCCAUUAGCUGAUAUUUCUGAAGUCUUAAACACAGAUGAUGACAUUCUUGGAAUAAUUUCAGAUGACCUAGCAAAAUCAGUUGAUCAUUCAGGUCUUGAUUUAUGCACUUUCCAGGUUGAGAGCUCACCUUUUCCAUUUGAUAUGGGUCCUAUUGCUGACGAUCCUUCCUCUUUGCCUCAUCCAAGUGUUAAUCAGAGUUCACGACCAUUAAGUGAAGAGCAACUAGAUGGCAUUCUCAGUCCUGAACUAGACAAAAUGGUCACAGAUGGUAAAAUAUUUGCCCUACAUCUAGGCUUUCUAAAAGACAUGAGAGCAAUUCUUGGAAAGUUAUAUAAAAUUCCAGAGCUUGGAGGAAAGGAUGUGGAGGACUUAUUCACUGCUGUCCUUAGUCCUGUGACCCCUCAGCCAGCUCCAUUACCACAGCCUCCCCCACCACCACAGCUGUUACCAAUACAUAAUCAGGAUGUGUUUUCAAGGAUGCCACUCAUGAAUGGCCUUAUUGGACCCAGUCCUCAUCUCCCACAUAACUCUUUGCCUCCUGGUAGUGGACUGGGAACUUACUCUGCUGUAGCACAGUCCCCUUAUACUGAUAUCAGGGAUAAAAAUCCAACAUUUAAUCCAAUAGCAAGUGAUCCCAGCAGCUCUUGGACGUCAUCAGCUCCCACUCUGGAAGGAGAGAGUGACACAAUGUCAAAUGCCCAAAGAAGUACUCUUAAGUGGGAGAAGGAGGAGGCUCUGGGCGAGAUGGCAACAGUAGCACCCGUUCUCUACACCAACAUUAACUUCCCCAAUUUAAAGGAAGAAUUCCCUGACUGGACCACAAGAGUGAAACAGAUUGCUAAAUUGUGGAGGAAAGCAAGCUCACAGGAAAGAGCACCAUAUGUGCAAAAGGCCAGAGAUAACAGAGCUGCUCUACGCAUUAAUAAGGUACAGAUGUCCAAUGAUUCCAUGAAAAGGCAGCAACAGCAAGACAGCAUCGAUCCCAGCUCUCGUAUUGAUGCAGAUCUUUUUAAAGAUCCGUUAAAGCAAAGAGAAUCAGAACAUGAACAGGAAUGGAAAUUUAGACAGCAAAUGCGUCAGAAGAGUAAGCAGCAGGCUAAGAUUGAAGCUACGCAGAAGCUUGAACAAGUGAAAAAUGAGCAGCAGCAGCAGCAGCAGCAGCAACAGCAGCAGCAGCAGCAGCAGCAGCAGCAGCAGCAGUUUGGAUCUCAGCAUCUCCUGGUGCCGUCUGGUUCAGAUACACCUAGUAGUGGGGUGCAGAGUCCCUUGACACCGCAGCCUAGCAAUGGAAACCUGUCUCCUGCACAGUCAUUCCAUAAAGAACUGUUUACAAAACAGCUACCCAGUACUCCUACUUCUACAUCUUCAGAUGAUGUGUUUGUAAAACCACAAGCUCCACCUCCUCCUCCAACCCCAUCCCGAAUUCCUGUUCAGGAAAACCUCUCUCAGUCUCAGGCUUCUCAGCCACCUUCACCACAAAUGUUUUCACCUAACUCUCGCCCACCAUCUCCAAUGGAUCCUUAUGCAAAAAUGGUUGGCACCCCUAGACCACCUCCUGGGGGUCAUAGUUUUCCCAGAAGAAAUUCUGUUGCACAGGUGGAAAACUGUACGCCUUUAUCAUCAGUAUCUAGGCCCAUUCAGAUGAAUGAGACAACAACAAAUAGGCCAUCCCCAGUCAGAGAUUUAUGUUCUUCCUCCACAACAAAUAGUGACCCCUAUGCAAAACCUCCAGACACACCAAGGCCUAUGAUGAUUGAUCAGUUUCCAAAACCCUUGAGCCUACCCCGGUCUCCCAUAGUUUCAGAACAAACUGCCAAAGGUCCCAUAGCAGCUGGAGCUAACGAUCACUUUACUAAGCCAUCUCCCAGGGCAGAUGUGUUUCAAAGACAACGAAUACCUGACCCAUAUGCACGAGCCCUGCUGACUCCUGCACCUCUGGAUAGUAGUUCUGGACCUUUUAAGACUCCAAUGCAGCCUCCUCCAUCUUCUCAGGACCCUUACGGAUCAGUGGCACAGGCCUCAAGGCGGUUGUCUGUUGACCCUUAUGAAAGACCUGCUUUGACACCAAGACCUGCAGAUAAUUUUUCACAUGGUCAAUCAAAUGAUCCUUUCAACCAGUCUCCCUUAACCCCACACCCUGCACUGAAUGAAUCUUUUGCCCAUUGCUCAAGGGCUUUUUCUCAGCCUACAACCAUAUCAAGACCAACAUCUCAGGACCCAUAUUCCCAACCCCCUGGAACUCCACGACCUGUUGUAGAUUCUUAUUCGCAACCCUCAGGAACAUCUCGGUCCAAUCCUGAUCCUUACUCUCAACCUCCCGGAACUCCCAGACCUACAACUAUUGAUCCAUAUAAUCAGCAGCCAUCAACCCCUAGGCCGUCAGCACAAACUGACUUGUUUGUAACGCCUUCAGCUAAUCAGAGGCACUCUGAUCCGUACGCUCAUCCUCCUGGAACACCGAGACCUGGCGUUUCUGGUCCUUACUCUCAGCCACCAGCAGGACCAAGGCCAAGGAUUUCAGAGGGUUUCACUAGAUCUUCAGUGACAAGACCAGUCCUCGUGCCAAAUCAGGAUCCUUUCCUGGCAGCUUCCCAAAACCGAGGACCAACUCUCCCUCGGCCACCUGGACCUGGUCUUUCAGACACGUUUAACCAUGUGUCCCCUUCUGCGCGCGAUGCCUAUGACCAGCCUCCAAUGACUCCGCGGUCUCAGGCUGACUCCUUUGGAACAAGUCAAGCUGCUCAUGAUGUUGCUGACCAGUCAAGGCCUGGGUCGGAGGGGAAUUUCAGUGCAUCUUCAAAUUCUCCAAUGAAUUCUCAAAGCCAACAGUUUUCCAGUGUCUCCCAACCAACUUCAGGAGUAACUGAUACACAGAAUACUAUAAAUAUGUCUCAGGCAGAUACAGAGAAAUUGAGACAGCGGCAGAAGUUACGUGAAAUCAUUCUCCAACAGCAACAGCAGAAGAAGAUUGCUAGUCGACAAGAGAAGGGACCACAGGAUUCAUCAGUAGUUGGUCAUCCAGGUCCCCUUCAGCACUGGCAGCCAGAGAAUAUCAACCAGGCUUUCAGUAGACCUCCACCUCCCUAUCCUGGAAACAUGAGAUCUCCUAUUGUCCCUUCUCUAGGACCUAGAUACUCUGUUUUCCCGAAAGAUCAGCGAGGACCCUAUCCUCCUGAUGUUGCUGGUAUGGGGAUGAGACCACAUGGAUUUAGAUUUGGAUUUCCAGGAGGUGGUCAUGGUACCAUGUCAAGUCAGGACCGCUUUCUUGUGCCUCCUCAGCAAUUACAAGGAUCUGGAGUUCUUCCACAGCUAAGAAGAUCAGUAUCUGUAGAUAUGCCUAGGCCUUUAAAUAACUCUCAGAUGAAUAAUCCAGUUGGACUUGCACAGCAUUUCCCACCACCGAGUUUGCCCGUUCAGCAGCACAACAUACUGGGUCAAGCAUUCAUUGAACUGAGGCACAGGGCUCCUGAUGGAAGGCCACGGCCACCCUUCGGCGCUUCUCCUGGCAGCGUUCUAGAGCCACCUGCUCAUCUGAGACAUGGAAGCUUCCUUCCUCGACCAGACUUUCCAGGUCCUAGACACCCAGACUCCAUUCGACGGGCUCCCCAAGGUCUACCUAAUCAGCUGCCUAUGCAUCCAAACUUGGAACAAGUGCCACCCUCUCAGCAGGAGCAGAGUCAUCCUGUCCAUCCAUCUUCUCUGGUUGUGAGGUCUCUGAGUCAUCCCUUAGGUGGUGAGUUUCCAGAGGCCUCUUUGUCAGCAUCUGCACCAGCUGAAACAACGUCUGAUAGUCUGCAGAUAACCAGCCAGCCAUCCGAUGGUCUGCAGAUAACCAACCAGCCAUCCGAUGGUCUGCAAGAAAAGCUUGAUUCUGAUGACCCUUCUGUGAAAGAGCUGGAUGUUAAAGACCUUGAGGGGGUCGAAGUCAAAGACUUAGAUGACGAAGAUCUUGAAAAUUUAAAUUUAGAUACAGAGGAUGGCAAGGGAGAUGAAUUGGAUACUUUAGGUAAUUUGGAAACUAAUGAUCCCAACCUGGAUGACCUCUUACGGUCAGGAGAGUUUGAUAUCAUUGCAUACACAGAUCCGGAACUUGACCUCGGAGAUAAGAAAAGCAUGUUUAAUGAAGAACUUGACCUAAAUGUUCCAAUUGAUGAUAAAUUAGAUAAUCAGUGUGUAUCUGUUGAACCAAAAAACAAGGACCAAGAGGACAAAACUGUGUUUCUUGCUGAUAAACAUUCACCGCAGAAAAAAUCCAGUGUUAAUAAUGAGGUAAAAACUGAAGUACUGUCUCCCGAUACUAAAGAGGAAACCAAAUGUGAAAUUGAGAAAAGUGGUGAUAGUAAAGAUGGUAUUGACACUUCCUGCUCACAGGCUUCUACUCAUGCAAACCUAAGUGAUGGAGAAAAGACUUCCUUGCAACCUUCUGAUCCAGAUGUACCUGAGAAAAGAACUAACCAAACUGUUGGCUCUAACCCAAGUGUCAUUCAAGGAUCCACUUCACUGCCCUCUCAAGACGUAAUAAGUUCUUGUGGGUUAACUGGAUCAACUCCAGUUCUUUCAAGUUUACUGGCUACUGAAAAAUCUGAUAACUCAGAAAUAAGGCCAUUGGGGUCUCCACCAGCAACUUUGCCAGCCUCACCAUCCAACCAUGUAUCAAGUUUGCCUCCUACUUUAAUGGCACCACCUGGCCAUGUUCUGGAUAAUACCAUUAAUUCUAAUGUAACAGUGGUUUCUAGGGUAAACCAUGCUUUUUCUCAGGGUGUGCAGGUGAAUCCAGCAUUCAUUCAGGGUCAGUCAACUGUUAACCACAAUUUGGGUACAGGAAAACCUACAAAUCAACCAAUGCCUCUAACAAGUCAGUCUGGUACCAGUGGCACAUCUGUGCCUCCACAGCUAAUGAUUCCCCAAACGUUAGCCCAGCAGAAUAGAGAAAGGCCCCUUCUCCUUGAAGAACAACCUCUGCUUCUACAGGAUCUUUUGGAUCAAGAAAGACAAGAACAGCAGCAGCAAAGACAAAUGCAAGCCAUGAUUCGUCAGCGGUCAGAGCCGUUCUUCCCUAAUAUUGAUUUUGAUGCAAUUACAGAUCCUAUAAUGAAAGCCAAAAUGGUAGCCCUUAAAGGCAUAAACAAAGUGAUGGCACAAAACAAUCUGGGCAUGCCACCGAUGGUGAUGAGCAGGUUCCCCUUUAUGGGCCCUUCUGUGGCUGGAACACCGGCUGGUGAAGGCCAGAGCCUUGUCCCACAGAGCGUUACUCAGGAUGGCAGUAUAACACAUCAGAUUUCUAGGCCUAAUCCUCCAAAUUUUGGUCCAGGCUUUGUCAAUGACUCACAACGUAAGCAGUAUGAAGAAUGGCUUCAAGAGACCCAGCAGCUUCUCCAGAUGCAGCAGAAAUAUCUUGAAGAACAAAUUGGUGCACACAGAAAAUCCAAGAAGGCCCUGUCGGCUAAACAGCGUACUGCCAAGAAGGCAGGGCGUGAAUUUCCAGAAGAGGAUGCAGAGCAGCUCAAGCAUGUCACAGAGCAGCAAAGCAUGGUUCAGAAACAGCUGGAACAGAUUCGUAAACAACAGAAAGAGCAUGCCGAGUUAAUUGAAGAUUAUCGAAUCAAACAGCAACAGCAGCAGCAGUGUGCAAUGGCCCCACCUAACAUGAUGCCUGGUGUCCAGCCCCAGACUCCCUUGGUUCCAGGGGCCACUCCACCCACCAUGAGCCAAUCCAGUUUUUCCCUGGUACCACAGCAGCUUCAGCACCAGCAGCACACAGCAGUCAUCUCUGGCCACACUAGUCCUGCUAGAAUGCCCAGUUUACCUGGUUGGCAACCUACCAAUGCUUCUGCUCACCUUCCCCUUAACCCUCCUAGAAUUCAGCCCCCAAUUGCCCAGAUUCCAAUAAAAACUUGCACACCAGCACCCGGGCCAUUGUCAAAUGCAAAUUCACAGAGUGGACCACCACCACGGGUGGAAUUUGAUGACAACAACCCCUUUAGUGAAAGUUUUCAAGAACGGGAACGGAAGGAACGCUUACGAGAACAGCAGGAAAGACAACGAAUCCAGCUCAUGCAAGAAGUGGACAGACAGAGAGCCUUGCAGCAGAGGAUGGAGAUGGAACAGCAUGGCAUGAUGGGUGCAGAACUGAGUUGUAGGACAUCUGUGUCCCAGAUUCCAUUCUACAGUUCUGACCUACCUUGUGAUUUUCUGCAACCUCCCAGACCCCUCCAACAGUCUCCACAACACCAAACGCAAAUGGGACAGGUUUUACAGCAGCAGAACAUACAACAAGGAUCUAUUAGUUCACCCCCUACCCAAACAUUCUUGCAAACCAGUGAACGAAGGCAAGGAGGACCUCCUUCGUUUGUUCCUGACUCACCAACUGUUCCUGGUGGGAGCCCCACUUUCCAUUCUAUUAAGCAAGGACAUGGAAGUCUUUCUGGGACCAAUUUCCAGCAGUCUCCAGUAAGGCCUCCUUUUACACCUACUUUAGUAGCAGCACCACCUGCCAUAGCUAACAGCAAUCUCCCAUGUAGUCAAGACCCAGCUCUAACCCAUGGACAAAGUUAUCCAGGAUCAACCCAGUCUCUCAUUCAGUUGUAUUCUGAUAUAAUUCCAGAAGAGAAAGGGAAAAAGAAAAGAACAAGAAAAAAGAAAAAAGAUGAUGAUACAGAAUCCACCAAGGCACCAUCAACUCCCCAUUCAGAUAUCACUGCUCCACCUACUCCAAGCAUCUCAGAAACUACCUCCACUCCUACAGGGAACACACCCAGCGAGCUUCCUCAGCAAGGAGAACAAGAGUUGGUGGAACCAGGUGGCCCAUCAACUCCCAGUAUGGUGGCAGGCCAGCCAGAUACAGAGUUAGAAAGCAAACUUCCCCCUAGUGAUUACUCACAGGAACCUCCAAAUCAACAGACUUAUACAGACUCAGAGGUAGAUAAGCUGUCCAUGGAAACCCCUGCCAAAAUUGAAGAAAUAAAACUGGAAAAAGCUGAGACGGAGCCAUGCCCAGGCCGAGAGGAGCCUAAAUUGGAGGAACAGUCUGGUAGUAAGGUAGAAGAAAAGGGUAUAGCGCAUCCUGUCUCCUCCGCACAGAGUCCUCCCCGUGCUCUCGGGGCCCCUGCUGCUAAAGGAGAUUCAGGCAAUGAACUUCUGAAACACUUGUUGAAAACUAAAAAGUCAGCUUCUCUUCUAAAUCAAAAACCAGACAGCACUUUUUGUUCAGAAGACAACUGUACAAAGGAUAAUAAAAUGAUUGAGAAGCAGCAAGUAGCUGAAGGAUUGCAAACUUUGGGGGCUCAAAUGCAAGGUGGUUUUGGAUGUGGCAAUAGCCAGUUGCCAAAAACAGAUGGAGGAAGUGAAACCAAGAAACAGCGUAGCAAACGGACCCAGCGAACGGGAGAGAAAGCAGCACCUCGCUCCAAGAAAAGGAAGAAGGACGAUGAGGAGAAACAAGCUGUGUCCUCUACCAGUGACUCUUUUACCCACCUGAAGCAGCAGCUCUCUCUGCUCCCUCUAAUGGAACCAAUCAUUGGAGUGAACUUUGCGCACUUUCUUCCUUAUGGCAGUGGCCAAUUUAAUAGUGGGAAUCGACUUCUAGGAACUUUCGGCAGUGCUACCCUGGAAGGGGCUUCAGACUACUAUUCUCAGUUGAUCUACAAGCAGAAUAAUUUAAGUAAUCCUCCAACACCCCCUGCCUCUCUUCCUCCUACACCACCUCCCAUGGCUUGUCAGAAGAUGGCAAAUGGUUUUGCAACCACCGAGGAACUUGCUGGAAAAGCUGGAGUGCUAGUGAGCCAAGAAGUCACCAAAACUCUAGGACCGAAGCCCUUUCAGUUGCCAUUCAGAUCACAGGACGACUUGUUAGCCAGAGCUAUUGCUCAGGGCCCAAAGACAGUUGAUGUUCCUGCUUCCCUUCCAACACCACCUCACAACAAUCAGGAAGAAUUGAGGAUACAGGAUCAUUGUGGUGACAGGGACAGUCCUGACAGUUUUGUUCCCUCGUCCUCUCCUGAGAGUGUGGUUGGCGUAGAAGUGAGCAGGUAUCCAGAUCUGUCACUGGUCAAAGAGGAGCCUCCAGAGCCAGUACCGUCCCCCAUCAUUCCAAUUCUUCCUAGCACUGCCGGGAAAAGUUCAGAGUCAAGAAAGAAUGACAUCAAAACUGAGCCAGGCACUUUAUUUUUCACAUCACCUUUUGGUGCAUCCUCAAAUGGUCCCAGAUCGGGUCUCAUAUCUGUAGCAAUUACUCUGCACCCUUCAGCUGCUGAGAACAUUAGCAGUGUUGUGGCUGCAUUUUCCGAUCUUCUUCACGUCCGAAUUCCUAACAGCUAUGAAGUUAGUAAUGCUCCAGAUGUUCCUUCCAUGGGUUUGGUCAGUAGCCACAGAGUAAACCCAGGUUUGGAGUAUCGACAGCAUUUACUGCUUCGUGGGCCUCCACCAGGAUCUGCAAACCCUCCCAGACUGGCAAGCUCCCACCGGCUGAAGCAGCCGAAUGUGCCCUUUCCUCCAACGAGCAACGGUCUUCCUGGAUAUAAGGAGCCCAGUCGUGGUCUUGCAGACAGUGCGGCACUCAGACCACAGUGGUGCUGUCACUGUAAAGUGGUCGUUCUUGGAAGUGGUGUGCGGAAAUCUUUGAAAGAUGUGACUCUGGCAAACAAGGAUUCCCGAGAAAGCUCCAAGAGAGGGGAGAAGGACAUUGUCUUUUGUAGUAAUAACUGCUUUAUUCUCUAUUCAUCAACUGCAAAAGCAAAAAACUCAGAAAGCAAGGAAGCCAUUCCUUCAUUGCCACAGUCACCUAUGAGAGAAACACCUUCCAAAGCAUUUCAUCAGUACAGUAACAACAUCUCCACUUUAGAUGUGCAUUGUCUCCCACAGCUGCAAGACAGAGCUUCUCCCCCUGCAUCACCUCCCAUCAUGUUCCCUCCUGCCUUUGAAGCAGCCAAAGUAGAGGCCAAGCCAGAUGAGCUUAAGGUAACAGUGAAGUUAAAACCGCGUCUAAGAACUGUCCAUGGUGGAUUUGAAGAUUGUAGGCCAUUAAAUAAAAAAUGGAGGGGCAUGAAAUGGAAGAAAUGGAGCAUUCAUAUUGUAAUUCCCAAGGGGACAUUUAAACCUCCGUGUGAGGAAGAAAUCGAUGAAUUUCUGAAGAAAUUGGGCACUUCCCUGAAGCCUGAUCCUGUGCCUAAAGACUAUCGGAAGUGUUGCUUCUGUCAUGAAGAAGGUGAUGGGUUGACAGAUGGACCAGCAAGGCUGCUCAACCUUGAUUUGGAUCUAUGGGUCCACUUGAAUUGUGCUCUGUGGUCCACGGAGGUCUAUGAGACUCAGGCUGGUGCCUUAAUAAACGUGGAGCUAGCGCUGAGGAGAGGUCUUCAAAUGAAAUGUGUCUUCUGUCAUAAGACGGGUGCCACCAGCGGAUGUCACAGAUUUCGAUGCACCAACAUUUAUCACUUUACUUGCGCCAUUAAAGCACAAUGCAUGUUUUUUAAGGACAAAACUAUGCUUUGCCCCAUGCACAAACCAAAGGGAAUUCAUGAGCAAGAAUUAAGUUAUUUUGCAGUCUUCAGGAGGGUCUACGUUCAACGCGAUGAGGUGCGGCAGAUUGCUAGCAUUGUGCAGCGAGGGGAACGUGAGCACACCUUCCGUGUUGGAAGCCUCAUUUUCCAUACAAUCGGCCAGCUGCUUCCCCAACAGAUGCAAGCAUUCCAUUCUGCUAAAGCACUCUUCCCUGUGGGCUAUGAAGCUAGCCGCCUGUACUGGAGCACACGCUAUGCCAACCGGCGAUGCCGCUACCUGUGCUCCAUUGAAGAGAAAGACGGGCGCCCUGUGUUUGUCAUCAGGAUUGUGGAGCAAGGCCAUGAAGAUCUAGUCCUAAGUGACACCUCACCUAAAGGUGUUUGGGAUAAAAUUUUGGAGCCCGUGGCAUGUGUAAGAAAAAAAUCUGAAAUGCUCCAACUUUUUCCAGCAUAUUUAAAAGGAGAAGAUCUGUUUGGCUUAACCGUCUCAGCAGUGGCACGGAUAGCUGAAUCACUCCCUGGGGUUGAGGCGUGUGAAAACUACACCUUCCGAUACGGCCGAAAUCCGCUCAUGGAGCUCCCGCUUGCCGUUAACCCCACAGGUUGUGCCCGUUCCGAACCUAAAAUGAGUGCGCAUGUCAAGAGGUUUGUGUUAAGGCCGCACACGCUGAACAGCACCAGCGCCUCGAAGUCGUUCCAGAGCACCGUCACGGGGGAGCUGAGCGCGCCCUACAGCAAGCAGUUUGUUCACUCCAAGUCGUCGCAGUACCGGAAAAUGAAGACCGAGUGGAAGUCCAACGUGUAUCUGGCCCGCUCUCGGAUUCAGGGGCUGGGCCUGUAUGCUGCUAGAGACAUUGAGAAGCACACUAUGGUCAUUGAGUAUAUAGGGACUAUCAUUCGAAAUGAAGUGGCCAACAGGAAAGAGAAGCUUUAUGAGUCACAGAAUCGCGGCGUGUACAUGUUCCGCAUGGAUAAUGACCAUGUGAUUGAUGCAACGCUCACAGGAGGGCCUGCAAGAUACAUCAACCAUUCAUGUGCGCCUAAUUGUGUGGCUGAAGUGGUGACCUUUGAGAGAGGACACAAAAUUAUCAUCAGCUCCAAUCGGAGAAUCCAAAAAGGAGAAGAGCUCUGCUAUGACUACAAGUUUGACUUUGAAGACGACCAGCACAAGAUUCCGUGUCACUGCGGAGCGGUGAACUGCCGGAAGUGGAUGAACUGAACGCAUUCCUUGCCAUCUCAGCAGGCGGCUUGUCCCUGGGAAGCGGCGAUUCUACACACCAUUGGGAUCUGCAGACAGGAUGCUUUGUUUUCUGUUUUGUGACUUUUUGAAGAACAGCCUCUGGGAGUCCUGGCUGCUUCGGCCCUUCAGGUUAAGGAAGCACUUGGAGAGCUGACCGGGAGUCCUGCAGAUGCUGAGGGCGAACGGAUACACAAUGGUCCAGCACUUUCGCUUGUUUUCUAUUUCUUUUCUUUCUUUUUUCUUUUCUUUUCUUUUGUUGUUGUUGUUGUUUUUUUUUUUCCUUGUGGGUGGGUUUGGUUUUGUUUUGUUAAUCUCACUGAGGAGAAUUUUACUGGGGCACAGAGCCGAUGGCUGCCCCGCCCCAGGGCAGGGCCUUCCUAUGAAUGUAAGACUGAAAUCACCAGCGAAAGGGGGUGUCCGGAGUGCUGGCCACGGCCUGUGGAGAAGGGGCAGGCCCUCUGACUUAGAAAUGUGUUUAAGUAAAGUAGACACCACUGAACAAGGAAUGUACUGAAAUGACUUCCUUAGGGAUAGAGCUAAGGGAUAAUAACUUGCACUAAAAUACACUUAAAUACUUGAUUCCAUGAGUCAGUUUAUUGUAGUUUUUGAUUUCUGUAAAAUAAGAGAAACUUUUUGUAUUUAUUAUUGAAUAAGUGAAUGAAGCUAUUUUUAAAUAAAAGUUAGAAGAAAGCCAAGCUGCUGCUGUUACCUGCAGAACUAACAAACCCUGUUACUUUGUACAAAUAUGUAAAUAUUUUGAGAAAAAAAUACAGUAUAAAAAUAGUUAUUGACCAAAUGCUACCAGGCUCUGCAGCAGCUCGGGUGCUUAUAAAAUGUUCUUAGGGAUGUCACAAUAUAAUUUUUUGUUAUUAAAUAUGCCAUUAUCAUUAUGUAAUAACCAAAAUUUCAACCUAGAGUGUUUGGGGUUUUUUGGAAACUAGAGUCUAUUGGGACUUAAUUGUUUUAUACACCUCACUUCUGACAAAGCAGAGUGUAUGCUAUGAUUACAAUUUUUAUAGCUGUUUUGGUAAUUUAAACUAAUUUUUUCAUAUUAUAUUGUUGCAUCCCUACUUCCUCAGUCAGGUUUUUUGUGCUUACAAUUUGUGAUAACUGUGAAUAACUGCUUACAGACACACCCCAUGGAGGCUGAAUUUUUCCUUCAGCAGACGUAGUUUUGAUUAGAACUUUGUUUCAGACCACAAAGAAUCAUGUAAACAUCCUAGAAUCAUGUAGCAGGAACUUAAACCUAACUCUUUAGCCUUCUAUUUAACACAAAAAUUUGAAAAAAGGAAAAAAAAAAAAAAACCGAGAGCGCGAGCGGGCGAGCGAUGUGAUUGUGCCAGCGGGCAGUAGGGUUUCUGGAAGAUGUAAUUUUACAAUGUGUUUGUAUGAACUGUUUGUUUACAUUUCUUUAAUAAAAGAGACACACUGUUUUGUGUUUGCUUGUAGAAACUUAAUCAGCAUUUUGAACCAGGUUAGGUUUUUAUUUUGUACUUAAAAUUCUGGUACUGACCCUUCACAGGCCGAGUGUGAGAUGAAGUUUCUGUGUGCACAGUGCACAGUGAUGCAGUUCUGAACUCGUAAUGUAUAUGGCAUGAUGUAUUUUUAUCUUACAGAAUAAAUCAAUUGUAUAUAUUUUUCUCUUGAUAAAUAGCUGUAUGAAAUUUGUUUCUUGAAUAUUUUUCUUCUCUUGUACAAUACUCUGACAUCCUACCAGUAUUUGUCCUACCGGGUUUUUGUUGUUUUCUGUUCUGUAUAAUAGUAUCUAAUGUUGGCAAAAAUUGAAUUUUUUGAAGUAUACAGAGUGUUAUGGGUUUUGGAAUUUGUGGACACAGAUUUAGAAGAUCACCAUUUACAAAUAAAAUAUUUUACAUCUAUAAAA